UUGAACAAAAUGGCCUUAGAAGCUUUGAAAGAUUUGCCAUCAUCAGAAGCAACAACUGUGUUGAAGGAAUUGAAAGAGAAAAUGUCAAAAGAUGAAAAUGAUGUUAGUUCAUUCAUCUGUAAACUGAUUGAGAACAGAAAACAGCAAGAGACAGACAGUGAGGAACAAUCCUCUGGUCCUCAAGGACCCAAUGAAGAAAAAAUCAAAGCUCUCUUAGAAAGGACAGGUUAUUCACUGGAGGUGUCGUCGGGCCAGCGGAAAUAUGGUGGACCCCCUCCAGGCUGCACCGACCCACCCCCACCCAAUGGGCAUGAGCUCUACUGUGGCAAGAUACCGCGAGACAUGUACGAAGACGAACUUGUUCCGCUGUUUGAAAAGUAUGGAAAGUUAUGGGACGUUCGGCUGAUGAUGGAUCCCGUGCAAGGGAGAAAUCGCGGGUUCUGCUUCGUCACCUAUUGCCAGCUGCAGUCUGCCAAUGAUGCGGUCGUGGGGUUGAACAACUAUGAAAUAAAACGUGGGAAGUUGCUGAAGGUCAACAUAGCUGAUCCUAACUGUCGCUUGUUCAUUGGAAACAUACCAAAGACCAAGUCGAAGGAAGAACUGAUGGAAGAACUUAAGAAACUGCUAGACGGCAUCGUUGACGUCAUCGUGUAUGGAUCCCCUGACGAUUCGAAGAUAAAAAAUCGUGGCUUUGCAUUUGUUGAUUUUGACUCGCACCGAUCUGCUUCUGCUGCCAGACGUCGCAUCAUGAUUGGUCGGUUGGUCCUGUGGGGACUGCAGAUCAUCUGUGAUUGGGCAGAACCUCUGGAUCUUGACCCCAGCGAGGAGGUCAUGGCCAAGGUGAAAGUCCUGUACAUCAGGAACUUGAAGUCCGACAUAACCGAGCAGGCACUGAGGAGCAUGUUUGAGAAGUUUGGAUCCAUCGAUCGAGUUAAGAAAGUUAAAUCCUAUGGAUUCGUGCAUUUCACUGAUCGGGACAGUGCAGUCGAAGCCCUCAAGCAAAUGCAUGGAACUAAAGUGUCUGACGUGGAGAUUGAUGUUUCUCUGGCGAAACCUCUUCUAAAGAACAAAACCAAGGAGAACAACAACAACAACAACAAUAAGAAGAACAAUCAACAUCAUCAUCAGCACAUGUACAACAAACAUGCUACUGGAUACCAUUGGGUGGUUCCUCUCUGGGGCAGGUGCUACAUGGGCAGGUCCAACAACAACAACAACAGAAAGAACAACUCAAGAAAUUAUUCAAAUUAUUACAACAACUUCUACUAUGACUACCCGCCGAACGAUUGCUACAAUGCAGCUUACGACUACUACACGUACGCUGAUGCUUACAACUACUACGAUGUCAAACAUGCAGGCCUCAUGCACAGCAGUGAUAGAGUACAAUAUGAUGCGGGAGGUCUGUUGCAUUACACGGAUGAAUACCCUUCAGUUCCUCGCAGCUACCACCGAUCCAGCUACAACAACAGCAACAACCGCUACCACAGCAGCAACAACAAGAGGGGUUCCCAUGGCAAGAAGGGACAGAAGAACAACAACUCAACCAACAACAAUAGCAAGAAUAAUGUUGUACCGUGCAAGGCCUGAUCACAUUAAUAUCAAGGAUGGAUGGAUGGACGGAUGGAUGGAUGGAUGGAAAUUAAUUAAUCACUAUUGAUGUUUUUGAUGAAUUUUUAAAUUUAGAAAUGUUGACUUUUUUAUAAGAGAGGUCAUUUUUGUUGUUAUAA